CAUGGGAAUGUUGAAACUGCAUUGACAAUCUUGACGAAUCCUCAAAAUAGCCAGCCAAUACAAGAGGGUAACCAAAAAGCGAUACAGACCAGUGUAGUAAAGAAUUCUACCAUCAAACAAGAUGAAGUGAUUGAUUUGACUAAAGAUGGUAACGACAGAGAUGAGGACCUUGAAAAAGCCAUUGCACUAAGCUUACAAGAGUCUCAUCCUAGUGCUCCUCAGGGAAUUACAGCUGAAGAACAGGAUAUCAGUAGAGUUCUUGAAGCAAGUCUUAAUGAAACCAAAUCAGGGUUAAAACGGAAAAGGGGUGAUCCUUGGAUGACCUUUGUUGAUCCUGUUAACCCAUAUGAGAGAAAGAGGAAUGAGGGAACCCCUGUUGGGUUUAAAAAUGUUGGYAAUACAUGUUGGUUUAGUGCAGUUAUUCAGUCACUUUUCCAUCUCCCUGUCUUCAGGAAACUUGUAUUGAACUGUGAACUCCCCUCUAUUGAAAACAAGGAAUCUAAAGAUACCAACAGAUUACUGUUCAUGUAUGAACUCAGAAAACUCUUUGCAAUGCUCAUUGGUAGCAAGAGGAAAUAUGUUGACCCUACAAAAGCUGUAGAGAUUUUAAAGGAAGCCCUGCAAUAUAAUGGAAGUGAGAGUAAUCCUGGCAAUCAACAGGAUGUUAGUGAGUUUACCCAUAAGUUAUUAGAAUGGCUGGAAGACACCUUCAAAGUAGAAACUUGUGCAGCAAGUAGUAAAAAUUCAAAUCCAGUCAUGGAAUUGUUCUUUGGCCAGUCAAAAGUAGAAGGUGUUUAUGAAGGCAAGCAGUUUUCCAACCUGGAAAUGUUUGGUGCCUAUCCUGUACAAGUACAGGGCUAUAGUAACCUUUAUGACAGUCUUGAAGGUGGAAUGGCAAGGGGUAGAAUAGAACCUGCUAAUGAUAUUCAUUCCCAUCAGUCAGACCAAGAGCAUUGGUUUACRAGACUGCCAGCAGUUCUCAAGUUCAUGUUGUCACGGUUUCAUUUCAACCAAUCAACUGGUAGAGCAGAAAAAAUUCAUGAAAGAUUUGGAUUUGAUAGAAUUGUUUACAUGGAUAGAUAUAUGGAGAAAAAUAAAGAAGUUACAAGGAUAAGAAGAGAAGAAGUCAAAAGGCUUAAAGAACAUUAUCAUUUAUUAAAGAAAAGUCUAGACAGCUUCACAAAUUAUGGGACAGGCUCACGGCACAUCAAGGAUAUUUUAGAUAGCUCGUUACAGUUCAUUCAAGCCACACCUCCUUUAAUCGAUAAUGGUGAUGUUGAGAUGGCAUCAACACCAAGUUCACCACGGUCUGUUGGYGCUUCCACCAAGGCAGGACUCCUGACAGAGAGUCGACUAGCAUYACUUCGACCAGCACCACGAUAUGUGACUGAGGGUGAACUGGUAACAUUAGAAAGCUGUUUGCGGAGAUGGAAAAAAGAAGUAGAGCAAGAUGUUAAAGAUAUUUCUAAAAAGAUGUCAGAAGUUGACGAAGCUGUUUCAUUAAUGUAUGAUGAUGAUGGAAUGAAAAAGGUUCCGUAUCGCCUUCACGCUGUACUAGUACACGAAGGACAGGCCAAUGGCGGCCACUACUGGGCAUAYAUCUACAACUCACAAGAACAGCAGUGGCGGAAAUUUAACGACAUUACCGUCAGYGAGGUGUCAUGGGACGAGGUUGAGAAGGAAUCGCUAGGGGGAUACCGUAAUGUCAGUGCAUACGGACUAAUGUACGUUGAUGCUACAAGAGAGGGACUGGUGCAAGCCAGUGAUAGGCUGGAUGUUUUACCCAGAGAUCUUCAGAUUCUUGUUAAUGAAGAUAAUGAGAAAUUUGAGAAUGAGAUGGAAGAGUGGGAUGAAAAAAAAGCAACCUCUUCUCCAGAAGAUAAAGUCUCUCCACGUCAAGAGCUGUUAAUGGAUGCCGAGACGUCGUGUACAGUAAGUCCCUAUGASCACGUUCCCGGUAUCAGAAUCACCAAAGCAAGCUCAGAAGAAGACUUAGAUAUACUACUUACUGAAAUGUGUAAAAGUGAAACUGAACGACUAGAGCAAAUCUCCCGUGAUCACCCCCCUGAAAGUCCUCGUGACGUUCGAUUGGAAAGUAUAAGUAUUUACCUGCUACGGUGUUGUGCUCCUCUAGAAGUGACAAAAUGGGCCAUUCUUAAGCAGGUUACAGAGAAUAUAAAGAGUAAGACUGACCCAAGCUAUGAACCAUUACUGAAAAGAGCCAAGGUUCAUCUCACUGAGGAAACUUUGAGAAAACCCGACGUUUAUGAAAAAUGGGAAGAAAAAUACUUGGUGUUUCAGAAAGUAAAUUCGUGUUUUUUGACCGGUUUGGAACAUUUACACAGCAAAAAGUUUCAAGAUGCACUUCCUUAUCUUGUACAUGCAUAUAACUUGAAUCAUAAGCUAAAAGACCCAACCCACCCCCAACAGUCUAUGGAUGAGAAUUUACUGGCGUGUUGUAGACGAAUAUGUUUUCUAAAAUUGAACGAACACACGAUUGGUUUAUUUGAAGGCAGCAACUAUUCGUGUGUUUGCAGGGGCCUGGAUCUAGUUAGUGAUCUUAUCGUUCCAUGUAUACCAACAUUGAUGUCCAGUCAACAUAGUGAAGAUCGUGAAGCCGUUGAACAAAUCAGACACAAGUGGUUUGGAUAUCUAGGCAGUGACAUCGAUGAACAAAGACAGAAAAAGCUCGAGGAACUACUUCCAUUGUUAACAUCAGAUGGACAGCAAGAAAUGCGACCACCACCUGUGCUAAGACCGACCAGCGCCAGGGAUCUUUGUGAACGAUUCACGAAAGCCAUGGAACUAGUGCAUGCAAAUAUGGCCUUUAGUGCAAAGGCAUGAACAAUCACCAUCCAUAGUUCCUGGCAUGAUGUACAGAAAUUAUGUCCGUGAUAUAGUCGAUCCUGGGAGAAAUAUCCAAUGUUUUCCAAGGAAUACGUUUUUUAUCGUGCUGUUAUAUAAUACUGAAAUAUUUGUAAAAUGCUGGUUGGAUGAAGUUGUGUUGGGUAUGAAUAAAAUAUACAAAACAUAUCUCUAAAA